AUGCUUGAAAGUAUAAAAACCACUACAACAUCGGGGACAUCUCAUCAAGACGAAGGCACAGACGUAAAUAUAAAAAGUAAACAAGAAGCGAAAUUGGUUUUGCAUGCUAAUACGAUUACAAAAAUAAAUUCUCUGUUGCACAAAUUAAAUAAGUGUACAGGAUCGACAAUACCAUCGUCGAUUACGACACAGAAUAGUGGGGUAAAGCUAGAACAACAUGCAACAGGAAGAUCAUCAACAUUAAAAACGGAUACUUUCUUGGAACAUACUCUUCCAACAACUUCGAAUCUUACUGGGCGUGAAGUAAAACAUGCCGAAAGCAAAUCAUCAGCAUUUCCAGUAAAUGAUGCGAUACAUUCAACUAUGAUGUUACAUUCUACAGAAGCUCCAGUAUUUCAUGGAAAGCACUCAGAAAGUCCAAGACCAUUCUUGCUUUGCGUUCGAGAGUAUAUGAAGUCAGCACAUCUUUGUGAUGAUCUUAGUUUACUCAACGCUGUUUCACAGUUUCUACGAGAAUCUGCUCUAGAAUGGUAUUGCCAAUUGCGUGAACUGCAUCGUGAACCACGAACAUGGAGAGAAUUUACCGAAAUGUUUCUCAUACAAUUUGAUCCAACUACUCGCAGAGCGCGACAGGAAGCUGAGUGGUAUCAAUGUAAACAGAAAGAGGAUGAAACUAUAAACGAGUUUCUAGUCCGUCUUUAUGCUCUCUGGAGAGAGUAUAAACCGGAUGAAACUGAAAGCAAUCUAGCCGAACAUCUUCUAUGUCGCAUGCGUACUGACUUACUGAAAUCGGUAAAAUUAUCACGUAACGCUUCAUUAGGCGAAAUAAUGGCUGAGGUUCAGCAAAUAGAAGACAUUUUAUACCGUCGAUCCAGGGAUCAACAAUUAUCGCGUCAACUAAAACAGCUGUCGCUUCAAGAGAACGAAAUAUAUUCAAAAGACAAAUCAGCAUUCGAGUGGUGUAACUGUGACAAUCUAUCUGAUAUGCGUUGUACACGCGAUACGAUUUUUCUCAUCUAA